UUAUUUACUUGUCUUUAUCUUCGAUUUUUCAUCACAAAGUUUGCUAAAUCUUUAUAUCAGAUACAGCUUGAUUUUCAACAUGGAGAACAGAAAACGCAAGGCGGAUGAUGAGCUGGAUCCCAGCACUGUUGAUGUUGGCAGUGUGCCUGAGGUCGAUCCUAGCACUUCUGACAGUGUACCUAAAGUUGAACCCACUACUGCUGACAGCGUCCCUAGGGGCGGACCCAUCACGGCUGAUAGCAUUUCCAAAGUUGAUCCCGCCAUGGCCGCUUACAUUGAGAAGAGACGCAAACAGAAGGAUGAGUGGCUGGAACGGCAGGGAAAGGCACUGUGGAAGAACUACUGGACCGUGAGGGAACAACAGCUCUCUAAGCCAUUCGGGCCACGGCCGAGCUAUCCAGAGGUGAUCGAGGUUUGGCAACGUGAUGAGGUAAGAUAGGACCUGGAUGUGAAAUCGGUUGUGAAGGGCGAAUCAUUGACGGGCAGUAGGUGGACCAAGAAGCUGCAUCCUCGGAGUUCCCUCCAAAUGGAAUCACUGAUAAGAACCCUCCUCUUUCUUACGACGUCAUCGCAAGUAUCCUCUGGAAAACCAAGGGCCAUUGUCCCAAGGCGCAGGCGUGGUUGAAGAGCCAUGAGAUGAGCAGAUUCUUGCGUGCUGAUGUGAUCGUGAGGCACUAUGGACGUGAGAAUCUGAGAAAGAAGGCGCUCCAUAACAUGUACCAGAGGAAUCUUGGUCUGCAGAAGGCGGCCAAGGAGUCCGCGCAAGUGAUGGAUAAUGGGAAGGAUAACCAGGAAAAUGAGGCUACCCCUUGGGAAAGAAUUUUGACAGCUCAUGACAGACUUCGAAAGGCGAUGGGCGAACCUGAGGUGUUUGCGCAUGAGAUUCUGCUGUGGUAGCUAUUCCC